CGCGGGGCUGGCGCGGAGGAGCGUCCCACACGGAGCGACAUGCUGGCCGUCACGGAGAGCGAGGCGCUGCCGGCGCUACCGUCGCCGUUCUCGAUGGCCAGUAUCCUGGCGCAGCGGUCGGGCUGCUCGGGCGCCGCGCAGCCACUGAACCUGGCGGCCGGGGAGACGGAGCGUGAGCGCCAGGAGCGCCGGCGUUCGCCGGACCGCCGCAGUCCCGGCCGAACGCCGGCCGACGAGGAGCCCAUCGACGUCGACACUGAGGACGCCGAGAUAGGUGGAACACCCGGUUCGCUGACUGGGGAGGUAGCCGACGACUGCAGGGAGGAGGAGGCUGGGGACCGCCCGCGCAAGAAGCGCUCGCGAGCGGCCUUCUCCCACGCCCAGGUGUACGAGCUGGAGCGGCGCUUCUCGCACCAAAAGUACCUGUCCGGCCCGGAGCGGGCUGACCUGGCGCAGGCGCUGAAGCUCACCGAAACUCAGAUCAAGAUAUGGUUCCAAAAUCGCCGCUACAAGACCAAGCGCAAGCAGAUCCAGCAGGAGAUGAGUUCCCAGGCAGCCCGCAAGGUGGCAGUGCGCGUGCUGAUGCGGGACGACCAGCUGGUGUACGAGCCGGAGCCGCGCUGCCGUCCGCCCAUGCUCUUCCCGCCGCUGUCGCUACCCAGCUUCCCAAGCCUGUACUACCCGUACCUGUACGGCACGCUGGGGCCGCACCUGCUGCCCGCCGCCGCCGCCAUCAACGUCUACAGCAGCCUGCUGAACGACGGUCGGCACCUGGCGACGCGCGAGCCCGAGUGA